AUGCCAAGACCACAAGGACAUCAAGGAAAUGACAAAAGCAUGGCGGGUGGAAAGGGCAAGGAUGAACAAGUCAUUGAGGAGACUAAUACAGCAGCAGCAAGCAAGGAGCUUAUUGAAGAAGAGAAGAAAGGCAAAGUUGACAAGGAAGAGAAUGAGGACCACAAGAAGGCAGCAGCAACCAAGGAUAUUGUGGAGGAAUACAAGGAAGGCAAUGAGGAGAAUGAGGACAGCAAGAAGAAGGCAGCAACCAAGGAUAUAGUGGAGGAAUACAAGAGAGACAAUGACAAAGGCGGCAAUGAAGAGAACAUUGAGGCAACAGAAAGCGAGGAUAGAAUGGAGGAAUAUCAGGAAGGCAAAGAGAAAAUUGAAGAGGCACUAAAAACCAGUGACACAGAGGAUGUUGAUUCAAACUUCGGCUCUCCAUCAAUUGAUGGUGAUGAACUAACAUCCGGUGAUGAGAGUUACAUCACAUGUGAUGAAGGAGGAGUGGUCAGUGGUGAUGAAAGCACAACAGCAACAGGCAAUGAAACCCCACCAAGCAGUGGAAGAUGUGGAACAGCUAAUGAAAUGGGGGCUGGCGGGGCAAGACCCAAGGAGUUAAAGGGUAUUUUGGCAAUAAAGCUCAAGACCAAAAAAAAGAACAUAAAAAGUGCCAUCCCGGAAAUCCAUCCGGCUGUACCCCCUAAAAAGAAAAACAUUAUCUUCGAUUUCAGUGAGGAGGACUCAGAGGAAGAACAUCAAACUAACGAAGUCCCCAAAAAGUUCCAUAUUGACUUUGAUCCUGUAAUGACUGUACGAUUCUGCUAUGACUCAAGAGAUGAAGAGAGUGAGAAUGAGGAGCCAGAAGUUAACUCCCCUGGGAGGGAGUUCAUAGAAGACAUCGAGUGCAGGCUUCAGGAAGACAUCACGUUCACUCCUCAAAGAGGAGACCAGCAUCGUUCUUCGUUCAGGCACCAACAAACAGUUGGUAGUAUUGCGGAAACCACCGAGUGGUAUUUGAGUGAAGAUGAUCUUAGAUAUGGUGUCCAUAGGACUUAUUCAGAUCCAGUGCCACAGGAGAGCUGCUUGACCAUAUUUAAGACUAACAUGAUGGACUGCUUCUGUUGUUGCUGCACACCUUCUACCUGUUGUUGCUGCACACCUUCUACCUGUUGCAGAGAGCAUGUUGAGCCUGAAAUAAGGGAGGCAACUCAGCAUGAAGAUGUGAAAGAAAACGGAGGAAUUGAAUCUGCAGCAGAGCCAACAAUUGAGAGUAUUUCAUUAAAUGACAAUGCCACUGAGAAGAAGGCGAAACCAAAACGUGUUGGGAGGAUGAAGCGAAUCAGACGUUUUUUUAGACGCCUGUUUUGCUGCACUGGGUGUCGGGAGGAUUAAAAAAAAUCAUGAAAAAAAUGGGAUGGAACAGCCGGGUGCAUGUGUGAUAUAUAUUAUCUGACAAUAAUUUUUUAUUUUUUGCUGUGUCAAGUAUGUUUAUGGUGAAACCAGUUAAUUCAACAGUGAUUCCUUUUAUUAUUGAAAACCAAUCAACCAGCCAUGGAGAAAUCGGCCCAAAUGACAAGCUAGCCAACUCACUGUCACAUAACUAAUACAAGGAUGGAAAGUUUGCAACCAACAGAAACAACUUCACAUGCUGAAAGAUAUUUCACUCUGAGUCUAAAGAAGAUUAAUUCAUUAAUUCAAGGAUUGCACCAUUGUUCAAUGAGAUAUCACACAUGCACCUGGUAAAAUUAUUUUCAAAAUUUCUGAAGCUUAAUCAAAACAUUUAAGGAUAAAGAAAAUUCACAGUUUGGAUGUCUUUGAGGAUAUUCAAGAUUUUACAACUAUUACCAUUUUGGACUUGAGUUCUCCAAACAGAAAUACAUCCAGGAUUCCAUGAAUUUAUAUUUUUGCAACAGACACCCUUGGAUAUCAAUGUUCAGCGUUUAUUUUAAUUAAUGUCCUCCCUAGCAUCCUCAAGUUUAGAUCACUCCAUCAGUAAUCUAAACAAAAUAUACAAGGAUUAUUAUGACUGAAAAAAAACUAAUGUGGUUCUUGAAAAUUAAACAACACAGGAACUGCUGUCAUUUGUAUUGCCUCCAAACAACCCUGGAACAGUUGUAUCUAGUAUUGCCUCCAAACAACCCAGGAACAGUUGUAUCUAGUAUUGCCUCCAAAAAACCAAGGCUGGAUUGUAUCUUGUAUUGCCUCCAACUAACCAAGGCUUGAUUGUGUCUAGUAUUGCCUCCAAACAGCCCAAACUGGGCUGUAUCUAGUGUUGCCUCCAAGCAGUCCAGGCUAGGUUGUAUUUUGUAUUGCCUCCAAACAACCCUGGAACAGUUGUAUCUAGUAUUGCCUCCAAACAACCCAGGAACAGUUGUAUCUAGUAUUGCCUCCAAACAACCCAGGAACAGUUGUAUCUAGUAUUGCCUCCAAAAAUCCAAGGCUGGAUUGUAUCUUGUAUUACCUCCAAACAACCCAGGAACGGUUGUAUCUAGUAUUGCCUCCAAACAACCUAGGAAGGGUUGUAUUUAGUAUUGCCUCCAAGCAGUCCAGGCUAGGUUGUAUUUUGUAUUGCCUCCAAACAACUCAGGAAGAGUUGUUUUUUGUAUUGCCUCCAAACAAUCCAGGAAUGGUUGUAUCUAGUAUUGCUUCCAAAAAAUAUAAGAACUGUUCAUCUUAGUAUUUCCUCCAAACAACCAAGGAAGAGUUGUUUUUAGUAUUAAACCACCACCGCCAAGAACUGAACUUUGUUCUAUACUCUGUAUAUAACUCAAGCCUUUCAAAGGGAUACAAGAGGAAAUGUCCAAUUGGAAAAAGCCCAACCCUUAUUUAUGAGAGACCCCAACAGAGAAAUGAUGCCAGUAUAUGACUCAAAGAAGAGAUGAUGAGUCUCAGACACAGAUGCAGUUUUACAAAAUGAUAAACAGAGCUUUGUUAUUGACUCUUUAAUGAUGGAAGCCAAACUUAGCAGCACUCACUCCCACCAAGCAACAUAAACUGCAUGUCAGUCUUGAAUGUUAUAGAAGCUGCCACUGGUGAACAGCCUAUGCAGCAUGAUUAUAAUCCAAAUGGGAGGAUCCAUUUUUCAAGAAAAAUAGCAAAAGAAGUUGUAGAGACCUCCAAGUACCCAGAAGUCAUCGAUGACAAAUUCCACAGACUCCUAGCUGCAUGAGAGGUUGAGGGUAGAGGUGCAUAAGUCCUUCAGGGAGAUUUUUAGGGAGAUGAAAAAUGCCCCCCUUUUUACAGAUACAUUUAUAUAAGGCUUACAGCCCACAGAUCCCCCAAAAUGGUAGCUAGCAAACAGGAUGUAGUUAUGGCACUGAACAGAGAUGCUGAGUUUGCUACAAUAGCUGGUCAAGGGCAAUGAUUUGUCAGGAUCAACAAAAAUGAAUGCCAAACAGUGAUCUGUGAGAGUGGGGCUGCUUCAAUGUCCUCCAUGUGGAUGAGAGGGAACCAAGUGUUGUCAACACCACCAAAAAAGUCGGAGAAUAGGCACCAAGAUUGUGACUACAGGUGCAAGUGUCUCUUGAUGUUUGAUGGGUCCCAUUGCCAGUUGACAACACAAGGUUUCUCAGGAGGAUAUGUCUCAACAAUCUCAGCCCUCCCACAAGAGGAUUUGUGCUUUACUCUCCUAUGAGAGGAUAUGCCCCUAUCCUCCCUCAAGAAAAUGUUUACUCUACCCUCCCUGAAAAGGAUAUGCCCUCUGUCCUCCCUUAAGAGGAUAUACCCUCUACCUUCAAUUAGGAUAGUAUGCCCUCUACCCUCCAACAAGAGGAUAUACCCUCUACCUUCAAUUGGGAUUGUAUGCCCUCUACCCUCCAACAAGAGGAUAUACCCUCUACCUUCAAUUGGGAUAGUAUGCCCUCUACCCUCCAACAAGAGGAUAUACUUUCAACCCUUUAAGAAGAUAAUAUGCCUCCUUCCCUACCUCAAGAGAAUAUGUUCUCUACCCUUCAUUUGAAUCAGUAUGAGGAGAAUUUGAGGCAUUACUAGAAUGCCGGUCUUGAAGGAUGGUAACUGGCAUCAUCUGUACAUAAUGACAUUAUAGGAAAAGAAAGGUACCUGUACAGUGGGAAUGGAGAAGAAUCGGAGACCAGGGCUAUAUUACGCCAACAUCGGAUCAGUAUAAGUACAGGUACCUUCAUGUCAACAAGACGUCAGAUGCAGUAAUCCACUCUGCAGACUGAAAGGCAGGCAGCCCCAAAGACAUCACCUUAGAACAAUUAGAAUUAAGGUUGUGAAAGGUCUAACUGGCACCACCAUGGAGAGCUACAUGACUUGUACAACAGGUUAAAUCACCCUGAAGAGAACUUCAAGAGUAAAUGGGUGUCCUGCAGUCAUCAUGUAGCAACAUUGGUGGUGGGGAGUGUGGUGUCUGUCAGUUGGGGAACCCUAUACCAGUAUAUAGGGCAUUCUGAGGUGGAGUGUGUGUCAAUUUGUCCAGUUACCGUCCUUCAAGACACUGCUCUUUGAAGUGGGAAAGAGAUUUAUCCCGAUAGUCCCAAGGUCAAUGCUGUCAUCACUGACCUAGUCCAGGAUUUGGAAGAAGACCUGAUUGCCCCCCCCCCCCCCAUUUAGGAUAGUGCUCGCAUAUGAGGAGGAAGAAGUUCAGCAGGGUCUAAAUGUCCAACACAAAUGUAAACACAAACAAUGUCAAGACAAUAAUUACCUGAAUGAAUGGAGACAAAAGCUCUCACCUCCUACAGCCAUGUACAGAGUAGAAGAAAAGGACAUUUGACCUUCCGAUACUUUUCUAUUUUUGUAUUGUUGUCUUCAACCUUUUAACUGUCUUAAACUAGAUGUAAUUCUGAAUGUUAAAAUUGAUGCUGUUAAGUGUAUUGCUGAAAGCUGCAUUGUUAUUUUACUUUAUGCACAUUGCUGAGUGCUAAAGUUGGUGCUGCUUAGAACAUUGCUGAAUGUUUCAUUGCUAUUUGAAUUUAUGCAAAUUG